AGUAAAGUGCACACUAAAUUCGACAAACUUCGUCAUUCAACAUCGUCUUAGGGUUAGAGUUGGCAGGUCUACGUUUUUCAAGGAAUCAACAUGUGUAUACGCCAACCUCUCCAGCGCCCAUUUUGCACUCUAUAAGUUAGAGAGGCAGGCGCAACAUACCUGGGCUGACCACAUCUGGCCAAAGAGGUUCUCAAUUUGCCUCGCCACCUACAUACCUAAGGCUCAGGUCCUUCACCGUUCCUUUAUAACGAGCAUAACCUGCUCCAUAUGUGCCAGGCAGGCUGCUAUCCCUUGAUAAGUGGCUAUCGCAAGGCUUAGGCUCGAGCAUCUCAGCGGCGCUGGGAGGAAUACGCUUCUGCCACCAGUUGCAUCAUGGCCAUCAUGGCCUUGGCCGACGUGGACAAUGACACUCGAGGGUGGAUCAUGUGCAUCGUGAGUGGGAUCGCCUGUAUAGCCGGCACCACCAUCAUCUGCGUUGACUUGGUCGUACGCCUCAUUCCGAGCCAAAAACAUUUCCGCAUACAGGAUAGCAGUGCCUUCCUAGCGUGCUCCCUCAGCUUGAGCUUCGGCGUCAUGAUUUUCUCGGCGCUGAACGGCAUGCUGCCGUCCUCAAUGGGCUAUUUCGUCAACGGGGGGAUCGAGAAGCAGAAGGCAGGUCUCAUUAUGAUGAGCUGUUUUGUUGGCGGCUUUUUAGGGAUCCAGGCUAUCUCGAGAGUGCUUCACCGGUUCAUGCCCUCACACGUGGUGGACUGCGACCACUCCCACGAUGAGCCUGUCGACGAACACGGCGCCAAUUCACACCAUAGGCAUCGAUCUACCAAGAAUAGUCGAGGUCGGCGGCACUCCAUGGGCAAAGUGUCUCCUCCCCUACCUCCCAUGACCGACAUGAAUGGAUCUGUGACCGAGUCAACACCGUUGCUUCCCGCAGAAGCAGAGCGAAACGGACAUCUGCGGCCUCAACUCCUGACAACUACGAGCGACGUUGCAAGCCAUCCCCACGGUCCACUCAAGGACGCACGUAACCUCGCAGCGACGCAAAGCCGAACCUCUUCGAUAUCACAAGUCCAAAAGCGGGUCAUGUCUUUCGUGAAAGAUACCAAGGCGAACUGCGACAAUCUGGGGCCUUGUUUUGGAUACUCCGAUCCCUGUGGGCAGGAAUGCUUUAAGCACCUAGCUCUUCGCUCCCCAGCCAACCCUCGGGCUUCAACAAUGAUCCGCACUUCUACUGGAAGCCUUCGUCCGGGUCUUUUUGCUGCUAUCCCCGAAGACGCCAACUAUGACCCCCCCACGUCCCCCACCACUGCAGCUCACCGCGUUAGUCGUGUGCGAUCUCGAAGCGCCAUGCAAGUCGAUUCUGACGAAUGCCAUUCCCCUGCGUGUGCUCAUGUUGACAUGGACUACCGGGAUGACCAUGAUGACGCAUCCGAGGACGAGUCCCAGACAUCGGAAGACAUUGAAGCACAGCACCACCACCACGUCCCAACCAAUGCGUUCCUCUCCAUCGGUCUUCAGACUGUCAUAGCUCUUGCGCUGCACAAGUUCCCCGAGGGUUUCAUCACCUAUGCGACAAACCACGCAAGCCCGGCCCUCGGGUUCAACGUGUUCAUGGCGCUCUUUGUGCACAAUAUCGCCGACGGAUUCGCCAUGGCUCUGCCCCUGUACAUGGCCCUCGGCAGCCGGGUCAAGGCGAUCUUCUGGUCAUCGCUGCUGGGAGGGCUCAGCCAGCCCAUAGGCGCAGCAAUUGCCGUGUUGUGGUUCAAGCUCGCCAACAGAUCGGAUGUCGAGAUCGACAAUGUCGCGUAUGCAUGCAUGUUUGCCGUGACGGCCGGCAUCAUGGCGAGCGUUGCGCUGCAGCUGUUUGUUGAGAGCUUGAGCCUCAAUCAUAACCGCAACUUGAAUACCUUCUUUGCAUUUCUGGGUAUGACCAUAUUGGGUCUCAGCAAUACCAUCGUAGAGCACUAGGUUGGAUUGGCAGCACGGCAGGAUGUUUCUCUCUUUGUUCGGUUUUUGGCGUCUAGUAUUUUUAGGCGGUUUAUUACCAGAUAUCUCCGAUUUCUGUUCUUUCUGAUUAGCAGCGGCCGGUACAGCAGACAAUGGUGCUAUCGUAGUGGAAUGUCCGGGAUUUGUGUAUUGACUGCAGCCCUGUAGUGCAGCUAAAUAUCAGUGUCGUUGCCGUCAGACUACGGCAGCCAUGAGAAGAUUCAUGUUCAUCCUAUCCUCCGAAUACUAUUGCGAGACCCUACUCUACCCUGUGUUUCGUACUGCUUUUCUUCCCACCCUCUUCUCAAUGGAAUCUCACAGCAUCUCACAGUGUGAACGGUUGGAG